AUGCGGAUCCCAGUCCCAGCGUUGCUGCUGGUUCCAGUUCUCGUCCGCGUCGCCCAUGGGAAUCGAACAGGCAAUUGGACUUGGCCUGUGCUGGACACCAAACCGGGGCCCCCGCCCACCCGCGGGGAGAUAGCUGCAUUCAUCAAGCGCCUGGAGGCUCGGAACAUCAGCCUGAAGCUGCCCUCCCACAUGAUCAACCUGUACCGCAGCUACAACUCGGGCAAUUACACUGGCCUCUUGUCUCAUGAGAGGCUGUCGGAGGCGGACACUGUGCGGAGUCUGGUGGCAAAAAGUUUCCAUCACAAUGGGAGCCGCUGGAUUCUCAUAUUUGACAUGUCCACUCUCGUGGCCAACGAGAAGCUUCAGUUUGCCGAGCUGAGAAUCAGCGUGCCUGCCUUUGCAGAGUCCUGCUCUCUCCUGGAGCUCCAUCAUCAGUCUGAAUACCCGUGUGGGUCAGCCACCUGCCAGGAUCAGCUCUUCUUGGGCUCCUUCCCUCCGGAUUCGGUGCUGGAGGAUGCCGCGGACUGCGCCAUUUACAACGUCACCGACAUCCUGAGGCACUGGAUCAACCGCAGGAAGCCCAGUGAGAAAGGUGGGCUCGCUGGGCUCCAGUGGCCAGAGAGCCCAGCCUGCAGGAGGAAGAGGUCCCUCCCCUACACCAACGCCCAGGGUAAGACUGAGACCAAGGAGACGGCGCUGCUCCUGGUGUUCUCCCGGAGACCCGAGCAGAGCUGCUCGGAAGGUUCCUCGCUUCUGAAAGACGCCAAAACCUCCAAGCGGGUGCGGAGGCCCCGAAAGCGAAGGGGCCGCCGGCCAAAGCGGAAGGGCCAGGCGGCGCAGCAGCUCAAGAGCGCCCACGGCAAAGGCAGAGGAAGGGGCAGGGCUGGACGUAGCGGCGCUCCCACUCUCCAGCACCCCCGGCACCACAAUCGAAGCAACAGCCCCACCGAGUGCCGGAGGAUCACGUUUCAGGUCAAAUUUGGUAAGAUUGGCUGGGGGUCCUGGGUCAUCUUUCCAAAGAUGUACAACGCUUUCCGCUGUGAGGGAGAGUGCCCAUCGCCAUCUGGGGAGGAUGCCAAGCCCACCAACCAUGCUUACAUGCAGAGUCUGCUGAAAUUCCAUCAUCCCACACUGGUGCCUUCACCUUGCUGUGUCCCCAUCAAAAUGAACCCAAUGAGCAUGCUGUACAUCGAAAAGGGUGAGGUGGUGUUGCGUCACCACGAGAACAUGGUGGUACAAGAGUGUGGCUGUCGCUGA